AUGGCGAAGAAGUGCAAAGGAAAGAAAGGUGGUGAUUACUGGGACGAGGAUUUUGAAACCGAUGCUCCUCAAGCUGAAGAAUUCGGUACCCCAGCACCAACUGAAGAAGGCAAUGGUGAAGAAGAAGAAUCAAAAGGUCCUUCAGGUCCAACUGAAGCUGGUGAAGAUGACUUUGGUGGUGAUUUCAUGGCCACUUUGAAGAAGAAUAAAGAAAAAAAGGCUAAAGCUGCUGAAGAAAAACCAAAGAAUGGUGGUGGUAAUGGUCCAGUUGUUAAAUCAAAGAAAGAAAAGGAAAAAGAGAAGAAAGAAAAAGAGAAACAACGUAAGAAGGAAAUGGCUGCUAAGAAGAAAGCCAAUGCUGCUGCUAAUAAAGGUACUGGAUCUCAAUCUGUUGAAGCUGAUGAAUCAAAAGCAAAAGCUGAAAAAGAAGCUAAGGCUAAAGCUGAAAAAGAAGCCGCUGAUGCUAAAGCUAAAGCUGAUGCCAACAAAGCUAAAGGUAAGAAAGUACCAGCUGGUAUCGCUGCUUUAAGACGUCAAUUAGAAUUGAAAAAACAAGCUGAAGAAGAAGAAGCUCGUUUAAUUGAAGAAGAAGAAAGAUUACUUAAAGAAGAAGAAGCAAAAUUAGCUGAACAAGAGAAAGAGAAAGAAGCUGCUAGAGCUGCUAAGAAAGAAAGAGAAAGAGCUAAAAAGGAACAAUUAAAAGCUGAAGGUAAAUUAUUAACCAAGAAACAAAAAGAAGAAAAAAGAGCUAUUGAACGUCGUCGUGAACAAUUAUUAGCUUCUGGUGCUAUUGUUGGUGGUUUACAAAAAGAAUCUGGUGAAACUUCUGAAGCUCCAAAACCUAAAAAAGUUGUUUAUGGUAAAAAGAAGAAAUCUACAAAAACUCCUGAACAAGAAAAAGCUGAAAAAGAAGCUGCUGAAGCCGCUAAAAAAGCCGCUGAAGCUGCUAAAGCUGAUGAAGAAGGUGAUGAUGAUGCUUUAGUUGAUGAUUGGGAAAAAAUGGCUUUGGAAGAUGAUGAACCAUUAGCUGAUGAUUGGGAAGCUGCUGCUGAAGAUAAACCAUCAACUGCUUCAACUAGUGAAGAAACUCCAGAAGCUGAAGAAGUUGAAGAAGAAAAAGAAGAAGAAGUUGAAGCUGAAGUUUCAAAUAAAGAAGCUCUUGCUGCUCAAAAAGCUAAAGAAGAAGCUGAAUUACAAGCUAAAGCUAAAGAAGCUGAAGAAAAAUUAAAACAAGCUGAAAAAUAUUCUAAAAAGGCUUCUAAACAACAAUCUUCUGGUCAAGGUGAUUUACGUUCUCCAAUUUGUGUUAUCUUGGGUCAUGUUGAUACUGGUAAAACUAAAUUAUUGGAUAAAAUUCGUCAAACUAAUGUUCAAGGUGGUGAAGCUGGUGGUAUUACUCAACAAAUUGGUGCUACUUAUUUCCCAAUUGAAGCUAUUAAAACUAAAACCGCAGUUAUGGCUGCUCAUGAAAAACAAACAUUUGAUGUUCCAGGUUUAUUAAUUAUUGAUACACCAGGUCACGAAUCUUUCUCUAACUUACGUUCUCGUGGUUCUUCAUUAUGUAACAUUGCCGUUUUGGUUAUUGAUAUUAUGCAUGGUUUAGAACAACAAACUUUAGAAUCAAUUAAAUUAUUACGUGAUAGAAAAACUCCAUUCGUUGUUGCAUUAAAUAAAAUUGAUCGUUUAUAUGAUUGGCAAACAACUCCAAACAAUUCAUUCAGAGAUUCUUUCUCUAAACAAACUCGUUCAGUUCAACAAGAAUUCGAUGAUAGAUACACAAAAAUUAAAGUUGCAUUAGCUGAACAAGGUUUGAAUUCUGAAUUAUAUUUCCAAAACAGAAACAUGUCUAAAUAUGUUUCUAUUGUUCCAACUUCUGCUGUUACAGGUGAAGGUGUUCCAGAUUUAUUAUGGUUAUUAUUAGAAUUAACUCAAAAGAGAAUGUCAAAACAAUUGAUGUACAUUACAGAAUGUGAAGCUACUAUUUUGGAAGUUAAAGUUAUUGAAGGUUUAGGUACAACUAUUGAUGUUAUUUUAUCAAAUGGUUAUUUGAGAGAGGGUGAUAGAAUCGUGUUAUGUGGUAUGAAUGGUCCAAUAGCGACGAAUGUUCGUGCCUUAUUAACUCCACAACCAUUACGUGAAUUAAGAUUGAAAUCUGAAUAUGUUCAUCAUAAAGAAGUUAAAGCAGCUUUAGGUGUUAAAAUUGCUGCUAACGAUCUGGAAAAGGCUGUUGCAGGUUCUCGUUUGAUUGUUGUUAACUCUGAAGAAGAAGAAGAAGAUGCUAUGGAUGAAGUUAUGGAUGAUUUAACCGGUUUACUGGAUUCUGUUGAUACUAGUGGUCGUGGUGUUACUGUUCAAGCUUCAACUUUAGGUUCUUUAGAAGCCUUAUUGGAUUUCUUAAAAGAUAUGAAAAUUCCAGUUAUGUCUAUUGGUUUAGGUCCAAUUUAUAAACGUGAUGUUAUGAAAGCUACCACCAUGUUGGAUAAAGCUAAAGAAUAUGCUGUUAUGUUAUGUUUUGAUGUUAAAGUUGAUAAAGAAGCUCAACAAUAUGCUGAUGAACAAGGUAUUCAAAUGUUCACAGCUGAUGUUAUUUAUCAUUUAUUUGAUGCUUUCACUGCUUACCAACAAAAAUUAUUAGAACAACGUCGUAAAGAUUUCUUGGAAUAUGCUAUUUAUCCAGUUGUCUUGAAAACUGUUCAAAUCAUUAACAAACGUAAUCCAAUGAUUAUUGGUGUUGAUGUUGUUGAAGGUACUUUAAGAAUUGGUACACCAAUUUGUGCUGUUAAAAUAGAUCCAGAAACAAAACAAAAGGCAACUAUGCUUUUAGGUAGAGUUGUUUCAUUAGAAGUUAACCAUAAAUCAGUUGAUAUUGUUAAAAAGAAUACUACAAGUGCGGGUGUUGCUAUGCGUUUAGAAAAUCCAUCAUCUGCUCAACCAGUUUGGGGUCGUCAUGUUGAUGAAAAAGAUAACUUGUACUCAUUAAUCACAAGAAGAUCUAUUGAUACUCUGAAAGAUCCUGCAUUCCGUGACCAAGUUACUAGAGAUGAUUGGUUAUUACUUAAAUCAUUAAAACCAAUCUUUGACAUUAAAUGA